GUGUCGUGGAUGAGAAAGAGGGACAUGCACAUUCUGAGCGUCGGCACGAACAUGUACACCUCGGAUCUGAGGUUUCAGGUCAACCACCCGGACAAGUCCGAAAAUUGGACCCUUCAGAUCAAGUCGCCACAGCUGCGAGACUCCGGUGUUUACGAAUGCCAGGUCAGCACCGAGCCCAAGAUGUACCUCAGCUACGCCCUCAACGUGGUCGAGGCGCGAGCCAGGAUAAUGGGCGAGCAGGACAUCAUGGUGAACCCGGGGAGCACGCUUACCCUUACCUGCGUCAUGUCCCAGGGACCGCACAACCUCGGCACAGUCAAUUGGUUCCGGGGCAACGGUCAAAUCAUGACCUCGACCAUGGCGGAUAACGAAGUCGAGCCCCGCAUCAUCGUUGAGACCAAGUGGAGCGACGCCCUCACCUCCAAAUUGAAGAUCAACCGAAUAAAGUUGAGCGACAGUGGUAAUUACAGUUGCGUCCCGACGGCGGCGGAAAGGGCGAGCGUCAACGUGCACGUGAUCAACGGGGAGUAUCCAGCGGCGAUGCAGCACGGCAACACGGCGGCCGGAUGGCCAACCUCGCGGACGAUCCUCCUGGCCCUCGCCUUCUUCCUCGGCCAGCUGAGGUAAUGUGCAGCCCGUCACGACCAAGACUCCCUACGGAGGAAGCAUCGACAGGACGACCCCCUCUCGUGUCCUCGGGAUAAAGAGCAACAACGGACGAAACGAAAAGUCACCGCGAGUUCCAACUCACGGGGGUGUAUAAACGAGCUCGCAACCCCGAAGAGACUGAUGUUAUUUGUUGAGUGGAAAAAACGUCAUCGAGACUGUGAUGGUGCAUCGUAAACGUCAACUAGAAAUACAUGGGUGAAGAAAAAAAAAAAAAAAAAAAAAAAAAAAAAAAA